AUGUUUCCUUUCAGCCAACAGGCGGCUCAGUCUGAGACCCCCACAUUCUUCACACAGGAAGAGCUCAGCAAACUGAAGUCCGAAUUUGAAACGGGAGGUGUGGAAAAUGUUCAAUCUCUGCUGAAGAAGAAGGUGAAAGAACUGGACAACACCGAGCUGAACAUCGCCGUGACGGGAGACACGGGUGCAGGAAAGUCCAGCUUCAUCAACGCCAUGAGAGGGCUUCAUAGCGAAGAUGAGGGAGCGGCUGCGGUUGGGAUCACGGAAACUACAAUGGAGCCAACCGGAUACACACAUCCCACUCUGCCCAAUGUCCGCUACUGGGACCUGCCGGGGACCGGAUCCCUAAUAUUCACCGCGGGUUCCUACCUGAAGAAAAUGCAAUUUGAAAAAUACGAUUUCUUCAUCAUAGUGUCAGCUGGUCGAUUCAAAGAGGAUGAUGCAAAACUUGCCAAGGAGAUUAAGCGGCUGGGGACUACAAGCUAUUUUGUUCGCUCUAAGAUUGACGUUGACCUUAAUUCAAUGCGGAGAGAACGGAAGAAAUAUGAUGAAGAAGCAGAAUUGGGUAUUAUCCGGAGAGACUGCGUCAGCAGGUUGGAAGAUGCCGGUAUCAUAAAUCCCAUGGUGUUCCUGAUAUGCAGUUUUGAGGACAAGAUGUAUGAUUUCCCUCGGUGCUUGAAAUCGCUAGAAGAUGAUUUACCAGAAAUAAAGAAAUCUGUCUUUAUCCUGGCCCUUCCCAACAUCAGUAGGCAGAUUAUUUGGAAGAAACGUGAGGUGUUGGAGAAACGUAUCUGGAUGUUGGCGAUCAUAUCGGCCGGAGUGGGAGCGAUCCCAAUCCCGGGUCUCUCUGCCGCCUGUGACGUGGGGAUUUUGAUUGGACAGAUAAUCAAUUUUCGUAAAUGCCUGUGUCUGGAUGAUGCUGCUCUCCGCAUAGUGGCCGAGAGAACAGGCAAGUCCGUGGAAGAUCUGAAAGCCGCAGCACAAUCACCCCUACUGGGAGAAAUAACUACAUCCGUUAUAGUCAGGAUGGGUUUAGGUGCAGUCGUCGUCGCUGUUUCAGCCGUGGAAACCGCUCUUUACUUAAUCCCAGGAAUUGGUUCCAUUUUUGGAGCCGGGUCAUCAUUUCUAAUGACCUACUCGAUACUGAGUAAGGCGCUGCAGCUUCUGGUCGAGUGCGCAGAGAAGGUGUUCGCUGUUGCCAAAGGCGCCGAAACUACCCGACAAGCAACAAUAAAUCAGUUCUCAUUCAGCAGCAAAACACUCCAAUGCAUCUACUUUGGUGUCAAUGCGAACUGGAAAGUUCGCGCCUUCAUUAAAUUGUGCCUGGCAGCGAGUGUCUGGGAAGGACGUUUCUCUCCAGGACGGGAAACUUCCAGUCCAUUUUCAGUAGAUUGCAUGAAACCCAUCCCGAUUAAGGGUGAUUUUCCCAACAGCCUCAGGGAUUUUUGGUAUAGAACAAACCAUCACUCACUCUCUCACUACUUUCCUCUUGAAGGAGCAGACUCACACAUCCACGGACAAAGAGGAGCUCUGAUCACUGACCUCACCUCAGCACAGCGCCGGGAUCACUGGAUCAUCACACAGGUCGGCAGCGAGACACAGAGAUCGGAAAUGGGAGGAAGCAGUUCCAGCCAACAGGUGGCUCGGUCUGAGACCCCCACAUUCUUCACACAGGAAGAGCUCAGCAAACUGAAGUCCGACUUCGAAACGGGUGGCGUGGAAAAGGUUCAACCUUUGAUACAGAAUAAGAUCAAAGAACUGGACAACACCGAGCUGAACAUCGCCGUGACGGGAGAGACGGGUGCAGGAAAAUCCACCUUCAUCAACGCCAUGAGAGGGCUUUGUAGCGAAGAUGAGGGAGCGGCUGAGGUUGGGACCACGGAAACUACAAAGGAGCCAACCGGAUACCCACAUCCCAAUCUGCCCAAUGUCCGCUACUGGGACCUGCCGGGGACCGGAUCCCCACAAUUCACUGCGGGUUCCUACCUGAGGAAAAUGCAAUUUAAAAAAUACGAUUUCUUCAUCAUAGUGGCAGCUACUCGAUUCAAAGAGAAUGAUGCAAAACUUGCCAAGGAGAUUAAGCGGCUGGGGAAGAAGUUCUAUUUUGUCCGUUCUAAGAUUGAUGCUGACCUUUAUGCUGUGCGGAAGGAACGGAAGACAUUUGAUGAAGACGAGGAAUUGGAAAAGAUCCGGAGUGACUGCGUCAGUACGUUGGGAAAGGUCGGGAUCCCUGAUCCCAUCGUGUUCCUGAUAUCCAGUUUUAAACAGGAUCAGUAUGAUUUUGUUCAGUUAAUUGAAGCACUGGAAGAUGAUUUACCAAACAUAAAGAAAAGGAUCUUUGUCUUGGCCCUUCCCAACCUCAGCGUGGAGAUUGUUCAGAAGAAAAGUGAGUUGCUGAAGAAGGGGAUCUGGGCGUUGGCGACCAUCUCGGGAUUAGUUGGGGCCAUCCCAGUCCCUGGAGUCUCUCUCGCUUGUGACAUUGGGAUAUUGAUUGGAGCAAUCAUCCAGUUCCGGAAAUGCCUGGGUCUUGAUGAUGCUUCUCUUCACCGACUGGCCAACAGAACAGGUAAAUCCAUGGAAGAGCUGAAAGCCGCAGCAAAAAGUCCCCUGCUGGGAGAAAUAACUGCAGAUGUCAUUAUGAGGAUAGGCUGGGGAGUCGCGGUUGUUACCGUGUCAGCCCUGGAACUAGCUCUCGACAUUGUCCCAGUCAUUGGCUCCAUUUUUGGAGCAGGUUCAUCAUUCCUCAUGACCUUCAAGAUCCUGACAGAUGCGCUGAAGGAACUGACAGAGAGUGCGGAGAGAGUGGUGAGGGUAGCGUUUGAAGCUUGAACAUAGAGGAGGACAGCACAGGAACGGGCCCUUCGAAUAAUGCCAACGUUAUGCCAAGUUCAACUGAUCUCAUUUGCCAGUACAUAAUCCAUAUCUCUCUACUGUCUGCACCUCCAGGUGCCUAUUCAAAAGCCUUUUAAAUGCCACCUUCAAACUUGAUUUACUUCUUUCAAUUAAUCGAGUUCCUGUUAUGUUGUAGUCAUAGACACAUAGAAAAUAGGUGUGGGAGUAGGCCAUUCGGCCCUUUGAGCCAGCACUACCAUUCAUGGAAACAAAGAAACAUAGGAAAUAGGUGCAGGAUGAGGCCUUUUGGCCCUUCAAGCCAGCACCACCAUUCAUGAUGAUCAUGGCUGAUCAUCUACAAUCAGUAACCUGUGCAUGCCUACUCCCCAUUCCCUUUGAUUCCACGAGGCCCAAGAGCUCUAUCUAACUAUCUUUUAAAUUCCUCCGGUUAAUUGGCUUCCACUGCCUUCUGUGGCAGCGAAUUCAACAAAUUCACAA